CCGCCGCCGCCGCCGCCGCCGCCGCGCCGCGGCUGCUGCUCCGGCUGCUGCAGGAGGCGGCGCUGGCUGGCGGCUGCGCUCGCUCCAGUAGGCGAGCGGAGCAGCGAGCGAGGGAGCGUGUGUGUGUGUGUGUGUUUUUUAAAGAUGGCCGGAGCGGCGGCGGCGGUGGCGGUGGCCGCGGGAGCAGCAGCUGGAGCCGCCGCGGCAGCCGUGUCGGUGGCGGCUCCGGGCCGGGCCUCGGCACCUCCGCCACCCCCUCCGGUGUACUGUGUGUGCCGGCAGCCGUACGACGUGAACCGCUUCAUGAUCGAAUGCGAUAUCUGCAAGGACUGGUUCCACGGCAGCUGUGUUGGAGUAGAAGAACAUCAUGCUGUUGACAUUGACCUAUAUCACUGUCCCAACUGUGUGAUUCUACAUGGCUCCUCCUUGAUGAAAAAGCGGAGGAACUGGCACAGGCACGACUACACAGAAAUUGAUGAUGGUUCCAAACCAGUGCAAGCUGGAACCAGGACCUUUGUUAAGGAGUUACGUUCGCGAGUCUUCCCAAGUGCCGAUGAAAUCAUUGUAAAGAUGCAUGGUAGUCAGCUGACACAAAGAUACCUGGAGAAACAUGGAUUUGAUGUUCCUAUUAUGGUCCCUAAAUUAGAUGAUCUUGGACUCAGGCUCCCUCCACCUGCUUUUUCUGUGAUGGACGUGGAACAUUACGUAGGUGGUGACAAAGUGAUAGAUGUCAUUGAUGUGGCAAGGCAGGCAGACAGCAAAAUGACUCUUCACAAUUAUGUUAAAUACUUCACAAAUCCAGACAGACCAAAAGUGUUAAAUGUGAUCAGCCUUGAAUUCUCAGAUACCAAGAUGUCUGAGUUGGUGGAGGUCCCUGAUAUAGCCAGAAAACUUUCCUGGGUUGAAAAUUAUUGGCCAGAUGAUUCAGUGUUUCCCAAGCCAUUUGUUCAGAAAUACUGCUUAAUGGGAGUUCAAGACAGCUAUACAGAUUUCCACAUUGACUUCGGUGGGACUUCAGUCUGGUACCAUGUCCUCUGGGGUGAGAAGAUUUUUUAUUUGAUAAAGCCAACAAAUGAAAAUUUGGCACUCUAUGAAUCUUGGAGUUCAUCUGUGACUCAGAGUGAGGUAUUCUUUGGAGAUAAAGUUGAUAAAUGCUACAAAUGUGUGGUGAAGCAGGGACAUACCUUAUUUGUUCCUACAGGGUGGAUUCAUGCCGUGCUCACUUCUCAGGACUGUAUGGCUUUUGGGGGAAACUUUCUGCACAAUCUUAACAUUGGCAUGCAGCUCAGGUGUUAUGAGAUGGAAAAAAGACUAAAGACACCAGAUCUUUUCAAAUUCCCUUUCUUUGAAGCCAUAUGUUGGUUUGUAGCCAAAAAUUUGCUGGAAACCCUGAAAGAACUGAGAGAAGAUGGUUUCCAACCUCAAACUUACCUAGUACAGGGAGUGAAAGCACUACAUUCUGCUUUAAAAUUAUGGAUGAAAAAAGAACUUGUAUCUGAACAUGCCUUUGAAAUUCCAGACAAUGUUAGACCUGGACAUCUUAUUAAGGAACUUUCUAAAGUAAUUCGAGCAAUAGAGGAAGAAAAUGGAAAGCCAGUUAAAUCUCAGGGAAUUUCUACUGUGUGUCCAGUUUCUCGAUCCUCAAAUGAAUCAACUUCCCCAUACCAUUCCCGAAGAAAGAUGAGGAAACUUCGAGAUCAUAAUGUCCGAACUCCUUCUAAUCUAGAUAUCCUAGAGCUCCAUACAAGGGAAGUCCUCAAAAGAUUGGAGAUGUGUCCAUGGGAAGAGGACAUCUUGAGCUCUAAACUGAAUGGAAAAUUCAACAAACAUCUCCAACCGUCUUCUACAGUACCUGAAUGGAGAGCAAAAGAUAAUGAUCUACGAUUACUGCUGACAAAUGGAAGAAUAAUUAAAGAUGAGAGGCAGCCCUUUGCAGAUCAGAGUCUUUACACAGCAGAUAGUGAAAACGAAGAGGAUAAGAGAAGGACAAAAAAGGCAACCAUGAAGAUGGAAGAAAGUUCAGGAAUAGAGGGAACAGAGAGCGAAGAAUCUCAAAAACCACUCAAUAGGUUUUUUACAAGUGUGAAAUCAGAACUCAGGAAUAGAUCAUCAGAAUAUUCAGAUAUUUCUGAUUCAGAAGACUCUGGACCUGAUUGCACUGCAUUGAAAAUUCAUUUUACCACUGAAGAGUCUGAAAGUUCAGGUGAUGAAAAGAAACAAAUAACAUCAAAGUCUAAGGAGGAACCUGAUGUGAUAAGGAACUUCUUUCAGAAGAGCCAGAAACCAUCUAGAAGUGAAAUUCCAAUUAAAAGGGAAUGUCCUACCUCGACUAGCACAGAAGAAGAAGCUAUUCAGGGCAUGUUGUCUAUGGCAGGGUUGCACUAUUCCACAUGUUUACAAAGACAGAUGCAAAGCACGGACUCUGCUGGUGAGAAGAAUGCUCUCCAGGAUCCCAGCAACUGCCACAGCAGUAACCAUGAGAGUAGGCAGUUGUAUCACUAUGAUACACAAGUGGAAUGUGGAUACCAUGUCAAGACUGAAGAUCAAGACUUGAGGACUUCUUCCUGGACUAAACAAUUUGAUAGACCUUCCAGAUUUAAUCCUCAGGACCUUAGUAGAAGCCAGAAAUGCAUCAAAAAGGAAGGCUCAUCAGAAAUCAGUCAGAAGGUGCAAAGCAGGCAUUAUGUGGACAGCAGUGGCUCCAGCCUUCAGAAUGGGAAGUACAUACAGAAUCCCAGCUUGGUUUCAGGGCCAUGCCAAAUAAGAAAUGGCAGUCUAAGCCCAGAAAGACCUCUUGGUGAAUCUUCCUUUUCAGUGCCCCUUCAUCCCACCAAGAGACCUGCAUCAAACCCACCACCUAUCAGCAACCAGGCAACAAAAGGUAAACGUCCAAAAAAAGGAAUGGCAACAGCCAAACAACGUCUUGGGAAGAUUCUUAAGUUGAACAGAAAUGGUCACGCACGAUUCUUCGUGUGAUAGAGCUGCUGUCACCUCUCUUCCCUUUGGAGGCCAGUCUUAGGGGGUGGGAGCCUGGUGCUUCUGCUGUCCCCCUGCCUGGAGCUGUUUGCUGUCUAGUAAGAACACUGCUCAAAGAACAGAAUGAACCUGAUGCUGCAUUUUUACUGUGCCACACCCACUCAGCAAUAACCCUUUGGACCUGGUGGGGAGAGGAAGAAGGAGGGUGGAACCUUAAAAAGAGACCUUGAACUGGAAAGGGUCUCUUGUCAGGGCUUGAAUUUCAUUUUGUUAUUGGUAGUGUAUUGAUUUAUUUUCAGUAGUAGUGUAAAGAAUUAUCAAUAAUUUAUUUAACAGAUUUUUUUAAGUUAACAGCUUUUAAAUUCUUUCUUUUUUAAAGCUAUUUAUUUGGAAGAUUUCUGGAGAAAUAUCUCACUAAUUUAGAGUUAAGAAUGUGAAGGUUUUUAAAUUAUUUUUGAUAGUAUGUGUGUUACAUGUGGGAAAGAGCCACAGUAACAGUAACUAGUCUGGACUCUUAAAUUUGAUAUUCAGGUUAAAGUCUUAAACAGGGAUUUGAUGCAUUAUUUUAAAUUAAGAUGUAUAUGAAAAUCAUUUUAUUUUAUAUAUUUCAUGUGUUUUUUAUAAGCUAUUAGCUUCGCUUUUGCUAACAUCCAAGGUGCAUACUGUUAUCAGGUUGAUUCCCUUACACCCCACCUUUCCUCUGCACCCCCAUCAUUUUGAGACAACCCAACAAAACUCUUCUCUGCAGGGAAACACUUCCAUAGCUAAUCCAUAAAAACACAAAAGAUUCCUCGUUUCUCAUUUCUUUGACAUUGGUUUUCUUCUAAAUAUGAAGACAUAGCUUCUUGCAUUUUUCAUUUGUCCCAAUGAUAUCUGGGUCCCAAAGAGAACAGCUUUAAUCUUUUAGCUACUUGUGGGAAAAAUAUAAAUUUGAUUACAUUGUCACAUUUAUAAUUUUUCCAAAUACAUUUGUAACUAUAGAGGGCCUCCUUCACACUGCUUGUGUUGGAAAAUAGGGCCAACACUUGCUAUAGAGGUUAAAUCUUAGGAUACUUUUAUUCUCUAGCCCUAACUUGAUGGAUAUUCAAACCUACACAUUAAGCUGUAAUUCAAUAGGACUAUAUUAUAUAACUAAGUUUUAUAGAAGCAAGCAUGUUGGACUAGAUCUACUGUGUAUAUGAUUUUUUUUAAUUUCUUAAUCUUCUAAAGAAAUAUUUCAGACACAGAUUUGGAGUAAAAUGGGUGCUUUUGCAGUUUCUUCCAUCUAGUGUGUAUUGCAGUUAGCUAUUGGGUUGAACUUUUAAGAUAAUCAUUUUUCUUUAUGUAUAGUUUUAUUAAAUUCCAGUUUUUCAGUUGUUGAUAAUUUCCUCCACUUUCCCCUUGUGGCAUAAAAAUGAUGGUUGUGGGGGUGUGGUGGAGCUAUUCCCAAGUCUGACAAUAUAGCAUUACAUAAAUAGGCAAAUAGACUGAAAUUUAGUUUGUGGAUUUUUUCUCUUUUUUUGCUCGGCAAGGUAGUGAGACUUCCUACUGUAUUAAAUAUCUUUUUAAAGACCUAAGAAAAGUAUCUGUACCAUCAUCUUUUAUGGUUGCAUUCAAAUGUGUAUUUCAAAAAAAAUAUUUUUUACUGUCUCCAUUGUAAUAUUUCAUGGGAUAGCUAUGAAGUAGCUUAUGAAUUUCUUUUUUGGUCUUUGACUGUGAGGACCAAAGUCCAAAUUUUAUUUGAGUGUUUGGAAAUUCUUAGUCUCCAUAGACAGCCUUCUUUGCCCCUGUCUGCACUGUGCCAUAAAUAGUGGAGAGAUGGAUGCAGUCAACCACUGACUGGUCAUCAGAUUUCAAGAUGCAAAAGUCUGGUUUGACUGAUUCCCUCACCUUCUCACAAUAUAUCACUGUGAUGUCUUCGUUUUCUGUUUUAGUGUUUUAAUACACAUUUUUAUAUUAGCUUAAGAAAUAAGAACUAUAAUUUUUUUCCCAGUUACUUCAGGAUCUGGACUGUUUUUCCUCUACAAUUUGCACAACUCUAAAAGAACUUUUUUCUUUAGUCAUAAAAAUUAAAAUUAAUUUAUUUUUAUGAAUUAAAAUUGUGGCCAGUAUCCACCCUGUGUCCUUAGGCCAAUAAACACUAAUAUUGAGUUGCUAAUGUGUGGGAUUUUUUAAGUGAAGGUACUGUGGAUUCAGUUUAGCAUUUUAGUCCAUUAACUGGUUAUGUCACAAACCUUUCAGCAAGAUAAUAUAACCACUAUGAGUGAACCCAUGUAUCUUUUUCUGAAUUGGUGAAAAUUUUUAGCCACGGAUCUAAUAACUUUUAUACUUUGCCUCUUACAAACAUAAUGGCCAUGAUACACCCCUUACCUUCAUGGAAAUGGCUGAACCUUAAGGUGACUAUUGCCUACUCUGGGUUCAGUAGCAGUAGGUAACCUUAGUCUCAUUUAUAGGCACUCUACCACAGCUUACACAAGAAGACAGCAGUGAUAAUAUUUAGUCAUAAGCAAAUAUAAAUAUGUAAAAUUGAGAAGUAGUGAUUUAAUGUAUGCAACUGUAAUAGUAGUAGUAAUUUUUCUAUAUGAAUUCAAGUAAAUGACUCAACCUGGGAUCCACUGUACUGUAAUCCACAACAUCACAUAAUAUCACACUUCCCCACACUGAUGAAUGAUCUAAUAGUAUAAAGCAGGCAGUUUACAGUAGCUCAGUAACCUAGGAAUAUGUUAAACUUCAUAAAUACCCGUUUAUCUUUGAGACAUACAAAAUUGAACAUUCUACUGAAGUCAUCAGAAACUCAGAGAAGAAACAAACCCAUCUUAUCACUAAAUACUUAGCUUAAAUACUAUUCUCUUUUUUGAUAAUCCUAAUUAUUGCCUUUUUUAUGUACUCUACUGUAUUUAUUCACAUAAGAUUAGCAGGUAUUUAUCAAACAUAUACUGUGCGCCCAGAACUAUUUAGGACUGUAGGAGAAUUUUGUUGCAAUUGUAGCUUCUGCUAUGAAAGUAUCUUCUCCAGGAAAUUAGCAGUAUUAUUUUUAUUUCUAAAUAAAUUAGAGCAGAAGAGGGCCCUGUUCAUUUAAAAAAACAAAAAAGCCUAAGUUUAUUAGUUUCAACUAAUGUAUCCCACUGUACAAGUAGAAGCAAAAAAAUUGUAAACGACCUGACUUCUUAAAAUUUAAGAAACAUAACACAAGUUAGUAUUUUAAUUGGUAACAUAACAAUGUAGUACAACAUAGAAAAAAAAAGAACUGAGUUCUGGACUAAUAAGUUCUGCCACUUUUGUGACAGCUGUAUGACCCUGAAUAAGCCAUUUUUUCUAAAUCUUAUUUCUGAGUCUGUUUUUCGUAUUUGUAUGUUUAAGUGAAAAUGCUUAUUAGGAUAAUCAGUGAAGAAAGCAUUCCUUAGUAAUACUUCAUACAUAGAAAAGUUAUUAAAUUACAACUGAUAAUUAAUGAAUUUACCUUUAUACACUAUUUAAGUGGAAAUUGUUAUUCAUAAAAUUUGUUUCAAAUCAAAUAUAUUCCCAGAGCAGGCUGCCUAAAAAAAUGUGAACAAACCUUUAACAAGGUGCUAAGUUAGUCAGAAUCUCUGCUUGAAUUGAAAGGAAAAGAACUGAGUUAGUGUUUGGAGAGGAGAAUGAGAAUGUUCAUCCUCCAGUACAUUAAGAUGAGUUAUUAUAGUGGAAAGCUACCUUUAGGUUUUUCUUAAAGAAGAAUUCAAAUAGUACUUCUCAGAUUUGGCAUACUUGUCAGGUACCAGAGGAAAGGUAAAAUAAGUUACGAAUUAAAGUGGUGUAGCAGCUACCCACAAGACUAAAGGAAAAUAAGGUAAGGAAUCUGGGACUCCAUAGGACAGCUCCAUGUUGGCGAUAAUAGCCUGGGUAAAGAGGUCAUUGGCAGUUUGGAAGGCAGACUCAACAGAACAGUUAACUGCUUGUUUGAGAAAAUGCUUUUUACUGAAGUGUGUAAGGUCACUCUCUAGGAGAUGAGAUGAGUAACUGCUAUAGUGAAUGAUCAUUUUUUAGUUUUUAACACGGGAGAUACCAGGUUCUCAUAAUGUAACAAUAAAUUACUUCUUCAAAAAUUUACCUUUCUUUUUAAAUAUUAAACUGAUUGCCCCUCGUUGCAAGGUCCUGAGUUUGAUUGCCAGCACAGAGCGAGUAAGGUGGAAACUCAAGCUCACUUUCCUAAUGUCCUUGACCUUCAUUCAAAGUAGUCUCUAGGUUCUAAGGAAAGCUGGUCAGUAAAGGAGACCAGUGUAACCCAAGUAGGGCAUGGAUUUUCCUGGGGACACUGGAUCUGGGACCUCCUAUAUCUUGCUUCUGUGACACUGUGCAGUCUCCAUUUGUCUUGUGGAAGACAUCCAUAUGCUUCCCUGACACUAGGUGAUCAGAAAGAGAGAAAAUUUAUAGUUACUGAAUUGUUAUUAAGCAUAAAGGAGUCUUCAUGCUGAAUGUAGCCUUACUAAAAACUUCAUUUUAAUUUGCUUUUCAGUGAACAUCAUGCCCUAAAUCAAAUAUUUAAUGUUCUUUCCAUAAGUACUUCCCCUCC